AUGACAUCGAGCGGGUACCUUUUAGAAAAUGGCGCGGACGUUGCGGCAGUCAACUACGAUGGGGAGCUGCCCGUGGACAUUGCUGAAAGCCACGACGCUAUGGAGGAACUGCUCCAGAAGGCUAUCGAAGAGAAAGGUGUGGACUGCAACAAAUGCCGCAACGCCGAGGUGGACGCGCUGAUGAGUGACGCCAAGAACUGGGCGGUGAACGGCUACGUCGAGGUCCGGGACCCGAAGACGGGCGGCACCCCACUGCACGUUGCCGCCGCCAAGGGCUACAUCGAAGUGGCGGAGAUGUUACUAGAAGAGUGUAACGUUGAACCGGACUGUGUGGACUACGAAGGUUGGACACCACUGCAUGCAGCCGCACUAUGGGGCCAGAAGGACGCGGCCGCUCUCCUUUUGAAGUACGGAGCCGACCCUAACUUGAAGAAUUACUCGGGCCAGACGUGCAUGGAUCUAGUGGACCCGAGCAUAUCGACGUGGUUAGCAGAGGCCUCCUUGAAGGCGUCACGUCGCGUCAAUAACAACAAUAACAACAACAAUAACAAACGCAAGCGCAGCCCGCCGCGCCACGACGUCAAACGCGUCGAACUGCAAAUCACCGGCCAGACGGACAACAUCGUCAAUGACAAGCCGCCGGCGGCUCCCGAGAUCAUAACGAAGAUGGCCGACGGGAGGCCGCCGAAGGGGCGCGCGUCCUCGCCCGAGGCGGCCGGCGGUGCGGACACGCCGCCCGCCCCCGACGAGUCGCCGUCCUGGCGCCGAUCGGCCUCGUUCCGCAAGCUGGCCGACUCCAAUCGUGAAAACAAACCAGCUAAUAAUAUGGACAACGACACCAUUCUGCGGAGGACUCAUAGUUUCGAGAAUGACAAGACCUUCUAUCAGCGCUAUCGGGACGUGACGGCGAGGAUAAAGGCGUCCUCAUGCCCCUCUAUACCGCCGCUGCCGCAGUCCACGCUGGCCGCGAUCGAGCUCAGGCGAAAGUGUCACGAGGCUACUAACAAUGCGUCUGAGAGUACUAACGAGGAUGUCAAAAUCAGGAUCAGCCCUACAGAGCGCAGAGAUAAGGAUGCUAAUUCGUGGAACACUCCGGCCACCACCAGCGUCAAUUCCACACCAACCAACACUACAACCCAAACAACUGUUCGAAGCUCCGCGGAAAGCGUAGAGUCGAACAGUAGCAAUUCGACCCCGAGCUCGGCCACGCCCACCAAACUGUCGCCGGGGAACAUAUUCAAGAAUUUCUUCAAGUCCUUCGUUCCGCCGGUCCGCGACGAGGAGAGUGAAACGCAGAGGAAGGCGCACGCGAAGAGGGUGCGAGAGACGCGCCGCUCCACCCAGGGCGUGACCCUCGACGAGAUCAAGUCCGCCGAGCAGCUGGUGAAGAAGAAGACGGGCAACGGCACCGCUGAGCCGCCGGCGGCCGUUAAGAAGACGGACGACGCCCCGUCCAAUACGGAAACCAGCUCGGCGCGCGUGCAGGCCGGCGGCGGCGCGGCGGCAGUGACCCUGGCGCUGGCGAGCGCGUCCGCCACCGCCACGGCGACCAUCGCCGCGAACAGCGAGCGCCGCCCCUCGUGGCGGCUGCGUCUCGACCCCACCAACAAGGUCCAUAGGCCCGCCGAUCCGACGCACCGUGCGCCCGUCGUAUGGCCGUCAACGCGCCGAACGCGCAAAGCACUAUUCACACCGGACGCGGCGGCGGCCACAGCCGGGCGCGUUCGCAUCGGCACCAGUCAAUUAUGUCGGCCUCCUAGUUGGUCCACG